AUGACUGUCAUUCCCACACACUCACCCAAUGUGUUACCUGGUUAGGGAAUGACUGCUGUCUAUAUCGAGUGCGCUUUAAAUUAGCGCAGUCUUCCUGCAUUUGAAGUCGAUGCGCGCCGCUGGGCUCGACAACACUCACCAAAGUGCUUGACUUGACUCACUCACUCUUGUCCUGUCAGAGGAAGACACGAUGGGAUGCACUUCCAGCACUCAGACCACAGCUCAAGACACAACACGACCCAACACCAAACAUGAUGGGAGCACAUCAGGGACAAGUAAUGAAAAUGGGGGUCCUGCAGCAGACAGUGAGACCAUUCCAGACCAAACCCAGGCCGAGGAGUCUCCACAGACAUCCAGUGCAGCUCCUGUUCACUCAGAGGAAAUACAGAGCUCUACAGCUGCAGUAGCUCACAGUGAACCAGAAGCAGCUGCUGCUGAGGCCAUCAUGUCUGAACCUGCGGAAUCCAACCCCUCCAUGACAGCUGAAAAUACUGAAGAACCAGCACCAGCACCAGCACCAAGUGAAAACACAACUGAGGACCAGGCAGAUUCCUCCCCACCAGAGGAAGCACCUGCCUCUGGUGAAGAUAGUUAAGUGUGCAACAAUUGACACAGUUACUACAGAAUCCAGAUUCAACCACAAUAAAAUCAGGAUUUCACAUGAAUGGUUUAAAAAUACAAUAGAACAUUAGUUUAUUUAUUAUUAUUAUUGCUUGUUCGUUGCCAAGAAAUAGACCAACUGGUCUUCAAA